AUGUAUAGACAAAUAAAAAUUGCAGAAGAGCAUCAAGAUUAUCAACGCAUACUUUGGAGAGAAAAUCCAACAGACAGAAUUGCGGAUUUUAAAUUAACCACAGUUACUUAUGGAACUGCUUCGGCCCCAUUUUUAGCAGUUCGCACAUUACAACAAAUUGCUGAAGACUAUAAUGGAGACAUUCUUAUUAAAAAUACAAUUAAAGAUGAUUUUUAUAUGGAUGACUUAUUGACUGGCGCUGAUACAAAAUUAGAUUGUAGAAAUAAAAUCAAUACAAUUUUCAAAUGUUUAAGCAGCGCUGGAUUUAAAUUGCGGAAAUGGAUGUCCAAUAAUCAAUCAAUCUUGAAAAAUCUUCCCAUUGAUGCCGAAAAUAAAAUACUGUGCAUAGAGGAAGAUAAUUCAAUAAAAACACUAGGAUUGAAAUGGAAUCCAAAAAAGGAUGAAUUCCAAUUCACAAUAAAUAUAUUAUCAAAUGAGAAAAUAACUAAAAGAAUGGUAUUGUCAAUAUACGCAAAAAUUUUUGACCCAUUAGUGGAGCAAAUUCGAAUUCCAAGAUGGAUGGGAGUCUCGAGUUCAGAUAAUUGGGAGUUACAUGGAUUCUCGGAUGCAUCUGAAGCCGCUUAUGCAGCGGUAAUAUACAUCAAAAUCGGUUUACAUAUAAACCUAUUGACUGCAAAGAGCAAAGUAGCACCAAUAAAAAACAAGAAGACUAUUCCCAAGCUAGAACUAUGUGGAGCUCAUUUAUUAGCAAAACUAAUGAGUAAAAUAAUUAAAAUUUUAAAUACGAAUCCAAAAACUUAUUGUUGGAGUGACAAAAACAAAGAGAAGUUUGUAAGAACUCGUGCAACAGAAAUUAAAAAUUUAAUUCCAGAAACUGAAUGGCGUCAUAUAAGAUCAAAAGAUAAUCCAGCUGAUGUAGCAUCUAGAGGCAUCUGUGCAAACAAAUUAAAAGAUUACAUGCUAUGGUGGCAUGAGCCUGCAUGGUUAGUAAAACCAAAGGAAGAAUGGCCAAAUGAUGAAAAAUUAAAUGGAAUGUCAACAGAAGAACUAGAUAAAGCAAGAAAUAAAAUAAUUCGUCAGCACCAACUUACACAUUUUUCUUCAGAAAUAUCAAGCAUUAAACAAGGGAAGGAAAUAAAUAUGAAUAGCAAACUAAUUCAAUUACGACCAUUUAUAGAUAAAAAUGGAAUAUUAAGAGUAGGAGGAGGACUACAAAACGCGAACAUUACAUAUAAUCAAAUACAUCCAGUGAUUCUAGCUAAAGAUCGAUAUUCAGAAUUAGUAAUAUAUCAAGCACAUCAAUCAACACUACAUGGUGGGCAAUCAUCGAUGGAAACACAUAUAAAACGACGAUUUUGGAUAUUAGGAAUGAGGAAAACUAUAAAAAAGAUAUGCCACAAGUGUAUAAGAUGCAUUCGAUUCAAUCAAAAUUUUGCUAAACAAAUAAUGGGAUAUAUACCUAGUUACAGAAUAAAUAUAUCCCAUCCAUUCGAACACACAGGUAUUGAUUACGCAGGACCCAUAUACAUGAGGUAUUCUAAAGGUCGCGGUCAAAAAUCAUUCAAAGGUUACAUCGCAGUAUUUGUAUGCAUGUGCACAAAAACAAUUCAUUUAGAGGCAGUAAGCGACUUAUCAUCAGAAGCAUUUAUAGCUGCAUUAAAAAGGUUCUUUUCAAAGCGUGGGAAGAGUGCACAUUUAUAUUCAGAUAAUGGCACUAAUUUUAUUGGCGCAUUAAAAAAAUUAGAUAAAGAGUUUGGAAAUGCGAUCAAAAAUAAUACAUCGAUGGUACCAAUUCUUGCAGCAGAAAAAAUUGAAUGGCAUUUUAUUCCUCCGGCAAGUCCGCAUUUUGGCGGUAUAUGGGAAGCUGCUGUAAAAUCCGUGAAAUAUCAUUUGAAGCGCGUAAUAGGUGAAACAAAACUAACAUUUGAAGAGAUGACUACACUUCUAAAUCAAAUUGAAGCAGUACUCAAUUCACGACCACUUUGCUAUACAAGUAGCGAUAUAGACAGUAUUGAUGUUCUUACACCUGGACAUUUCUUAAUAGGUCGUCCAAUAUUAGACGAACCAGAAACUGAAGUCAAAAAUAAUAUAAGUUUAAUAAACCGUUGGAAACUUGUACAAAAAAUUAAAACAGAUUUUUGGAAAAAAUGGAAAAAUGAAUAUGUCACGUCUCUACAAAAACGAAACAAAUGGUUUAGAGAAAAACCGAACUUAGCAGAGGGGCAAGUAGUAAUUAUUAAAGAUGAAAAUACCGCGCCUACUAGAUGGCCAUUAGGAAAAAUUACAGAAGUAUUUAAAGAUAUAAACGAUGGUAAUAAGUUAUUUAUAUGGUCUGUACGAGAGAAGAGAAAAAGAGCGCCGUUGGCAUUCAUUGGUUCAUUUUAUCACCUCCUAUUCGGAAUGAUGGAUGAAGAUGACCGAAAAGCUUUAGAAGAAGAUAUGAAUAAUCUUCUAGAAAAUCAACAUAAUUUAAAAAAGAUGACUGAAAGACAAACGUCGGUAGUAGAAACAACAGUAAAUAUAUUAAAACGCACAUCUGAAGAAAUUCAGCAACAAUACAAUGAAAUUCAUGAAAGAGUUGAAUCCAUAAACACUGCUUUGAAUGAAACUUAUCUUGUUUAUAAGGAAUCAAUAAAUUUUUUUAUGGUAACAAGACAGUUAUCAGAUAUGAUAGAAGAAUGUUCUCAAAUUCAAUCUGAAGUAAUGGAACUCUUAAUGGACGUUAACCAUGGAAAAUUAAAUCCAGCACUUAUAAAACCAUCACAGUUACAUCGCGAAAUAAUAAAAAUAAGAGAUAUAAUUCCCGAAAAUCAAAUGCUACCUGGUAAAAAACUGGAACGGAGUUAG